AUGGCGCCGGGUCUGCUUCCAUCGACCCCCAAACUCGCUAGUAUCCAAACGGUCGAUACACCUUCACCGGGCAAAUGGCGGCAUCCCCACCUCAAGGAGAUUGUACAAAGGCAGAAUGCAGCGAGAUUCGGUGACACAAAUGUUCGGAAGAUCGUGUGGAAUGGUGCAGUUUUGCUCGCCACAGGCUUUUUAGGGAAAUCUUUAAGGCAAUACAUACUUGCACUCGGUUCGUUUCUGUCCAUCACAACGUAUCCCAAUGUCAUACUCUUCGUAUUGCGAUUAUAUUUCCUUGCCAACAUUGCGACCGCACUAUACCCACUUUUUCGGCGCAAGGACGAUAUCUUAGAUAUCCCGCUAACCCCUUCACAACGUGCGCUUCUUGGGCUUAAACCCAACAGCACCCCUCCUACGACACCCGGAAGCUCUUACAUAACACCUCCUCGAUACCGGAUAUCUUCAGGUUCACGGCGGCCUAGCCCGUUAUCCCCGAGCAGUUCUCCAUUAUCUGGCAGAGGCAGCUUGUCAGGUAGCCAGCUUUACGAGGGCUCUCUAUAUUCACCCUCCCCUAGCCCUUUGUUCCAAAGAGCAGUUGCCGGUGGGAACAGGGGUAUGAUGCGGCGACACAGCUUUGGUUCUUCGUCGUCGUUCGGUCGGUCUUCAUUGCGAGAUUCAACCGCUCUGCGGACGCCAUCCACUCCUAGUCCUAAUGGUGGAAGGAAUGUCAAUGUACUCGCAAAUAAGUGGCUCUAUGAGAAAACGCGUGCCGUUUCUCCUGGUGGCAGCGUUUUUGGGCGAUGA